UUGGACAAAAUCGGGACGUCCCUGGGGUACAAUGUGCAAAAUCGGGACGCCUUCUGAACGUGCCGCGGUCGUGACGACGCACACACCCAAUACCGCACGAAAUCGCGCCACAGCGCCUCCACCCGCCGCGCACAAGGCGCGCCGACGCUCUCCAACCCUUUUUUUCCUGCUCAACAACCUAAAACAGUGUAGACGCAGCCGCGUACAAAACCCUCUCCGCAGACCACCCGAUUUUGUCCUAAAACCUGCAGGGUCGACCCCUACCCCGAGAAAAACAUUAUCUCCGACCCUAUUUUGUCCAUCUGACCACCCCUUUUUGUUCACCACAGCCGGUUCGUGGGGAGUUUGAACGCGGCCAUCUCCCCGCAGCACCACCAGCCGAUACCCGCAAAAGAGCCAGCAGCAAAAACACUCCGCAGCAGGCAAAAAAACACCGACCGACAACAACUUGCCGCCCGCCGGCAAGCCACCACAACUGAAAUCGACCGCCGAAAGAAAGAUCCGAACAGUCGCUCUGCAGCGAACGGACGUUCGCGGAAAACUUCCUCCGCUCUGCCCUCUCGCCUCUCGCCACUUCUCUCUCUCCCUCUCCCGCCUUCUUCACAAGCGAGGGCGACGGCAUUAUUGGUGCAAGUAAACAUGUCGGCGGCGGCGGCGGCGCUGGUGCCACCGCCGAGCAGCACACCGCAGCCUCUGUACGCGCCGCGUCCUAAGAUUGGGGACUGCUUUUCGAGCAGCGUCGAACUCCGGGUAGCGUCAGAACGCGCGAUGUUGCGAGACAAUCGCACGAUGAUUGCCGACGCUCGUGGCGGCGGCGGCCACGCGAAGCUGUACCGCUGCUCCGGGGCUAUCAUCGAGAAGGGCUCGAAGACCACAGGAGGAUGCCAGGCUCAUGUCAAAGCCAACAAGCGCGCGGACAAGCACUUCUACGUCACCAGCGUUUGCUACGAUCACCAAAACUGCGCGGGAGGCACGAAGAAACCGAGCGUCAGGGCCAUGGCUGCGGAAGGCGCGGUGGUCGUCCGCGGCAACCCCAAGGUCUCUGCUCCUGCGCUCGCGAAGACGCUGAAGGGCGCCCACGGGGUGGACAUGGCGACGUGGGCAGCGGGCCGUGUCAAGCGCGGCGUGACCAACGGUCAGGAGGACACGAAGAAGGAGGGAAUCCAGCGGCUCGCCAGCUUCUUGGACCUGAUUGCGACCGACAGCCCAGGGACGAUCACAGACUGCAAGGUGGGUGUUGGUGUGUAGAUGGCGCUGCUUCGGUGUAGACCCUUGUGCACCGUGCUCUUUUUGUUUUGUGGCG